AUGAAGGAAUUGUGUCUGAGUGAUAAAUGGUUCCAUGAUAGAAAAAAUUUAACCCCAGCUUUUCAUUUUGAUGUCGUGGACCAAUGUACAGAAACAAUGUCGGAAAAAGCGGAAGUAAUGGUUAAAUGCAUAGAAGAUGAAAUUAAAGAAAAUCCAGGAAAACCAAUCGAUUUUUAUGUGCAUUCUCUUAAAUGUGCAAUUGUUAGAAACAUGUUUAACCAACAAAAUCCGAAAACUGCAUUAGGAAAAAGACCCAAAAAAGCCUUAUUGGAUCUCAUGUUGGAUUUAAAUGAAAACGAAAUAGUGCUCAUGACAGACGAAGAUAUCCCAGAACAAGUAAAAACGUUCAUGUUUGCUGGACAUGACACGACAGCAUCUGCGCUUAACUGGGCAAUUUUUAAUCUUGGCAGUAAUCCGGAUGUUCAGGAGAAGCUCCAUCAAGAAUUAGAUCAAGUAUUUCGAGACUCAAAGGAACCAGCUACCAUGCAACAAAUUGCGGAACUCACGUACCACGAACGAGUGAUCAAAGAAAACCUCAGACUGAAUCCGUCUGUACCUCUUGUUGCAAGGCGCUUGACUGAAAACCUCGAAUUGGACGGAAAAAUCAUUCCAAAAGGCGUUAAUGCAACCCUGCACAUAAUGCCUUUACAUCGAGAUCCAGAGUUUUGGCCCGAUCCUUGGAAAUUUGUGCCAGAUCGAUUUUUGCCAGAAAACUGUAAAGGAAGACAUCCAUAUUCGUACGUGCCAUUUAGUGCGGGGCCCAGAAAUUGUAUUGGAAUAAAAUUUGCCGUGGCAGAGCAAAAAAUCGUAUUGAUAGCAAUCCUGAGAAAAUGGAGAGUCCGAAGUGUAAGGACUCAAGAAAAAAUGAAAUUACAGGCCCAAUUUAUUCUUUUUCCUCAUGAGGGUAAACCGGUCUAUUUUACACCGAAAUAA